CCCCGGAAAGCGAAAGCAACAAAAACUACUUUUUUUCACUCCCACUCUCACUCGUCGUCCCAUUUCCUUGUCUGAAAAUCCCUCUGUCUCACUCUGCUGCUCUCUUCCAUUGCCAUCGAGCAAGCAAAUCGUAUCUCCUACGCCCUCUCCCUUUUCACUCUCUUUUCAAAAUUCAAUUUUCCAAACUGGGUCCUGCCCUCCUUGCUCCUUCGAUCCUUUUCCGUCACUCGCUUUUGCUUCAAUCCCACUCCGGGCAUUUCUCUUCUUCCUUCUCUUUUGGGUUUUUUGCUCUUCUCGCAUUUCCUCGAAGAGGUCCAGAAAGACGCUGUUUCACUCCAAGAGUUACCGAAGACGAAGACGACGACGACCGGCAGAGUAACACGGUGAAUUGGUGAUGAGUUGCAGGGUUAUGAUGGCAUGGAUUGGAAGCUUGAGUAGUAGCAAGUAGCAGCAGCAGAAGGAAAGAGACAGAGAGAUAUGAAAGGGGAAUCAUCUCAGUUGAUCAUUGGGAUUUCAAUUGGGGUGGUGAUUGGCGUGCUUUUGGCUAUUCUGGCGUUCUUCAGUUAUAGGUACCACAGGAAGCGAUCCCAGAUUGGUAACAGCAGUUCUAGGAGAGCAGCCACGAUACCUAUCAGAGAAAAUGGGGGUGAUGCUAGUACCAUCAUGUCAGAUUCAACUGUUGGUCCCGAUUCGCCUAUGAAAUCCGGGGGUAGAAAUGGGCUCUCCUUUUGGCUUGAAACCUUUAAGAAGAGCAAUGGUGUGGCGGUUUCUGGCAUACCCGAGUACUCUUACAAGGAUCUCCAGAAAGCGACAAGUAACUUCACUACAGUGAUUGGACAAGGAGCAUUUGGUUCUGUUUAUAAAGCUCAAAUGUUGACUGGCGAAACUGUAGCAGCCAAAGUGCUGGCCACCGAUUCUAAACAAGGGGAGAAAGAGUUUCGGACCGAGGUCAUGCUACUGGGAAGGUUGCAUCAUAGAAACCUAGUCAAUUUGGUUGGGUACUGCUCUGAGAAAGGGAGACACAUACUCAUAUAUGUGUAUAUGACCAAAGGGAGCUUAUCUUCUCACUUGUACAGUGAAAACCAUGAACCAUUGAAGUGGGAUGUAAGGAUUAAUAUUGCUCUAGAUGUUGCAAGAGGCUUGGAGUAUCUCCAUGAUGGGGCAGUGCCACCUGUGAUUCACCGAGACAUUAAGUCAUCCAACAUUCUGUUGGAUCACUCAAUGAGAGCCAGGGUGGCUGACUUUGGACUAUCGAGAGAAGAGAUGGUCGAUAAACACGCUGCCAACAUAAGGGGAACUUUCGGAUACCUUGAUCCUGAGUAUAUAUCCACGAGGACAUUCACAAAGAAGAGCGAUGUUUACAGCUACGGGGUGUUGCUAUUUGAGCUUAUAGCCGGCAGAAAUCCUCAGCAGGGUCUCAUGGAAUACGUUGAGCUUGCAGCAAUGAACUCCGAUGGAAAAGUGGGGUGGGAGGAAAUAGUGGACUCGCGCCUGGAAGGUAAGUUCGAUAUGCAAGAGCUGAACGAAGUCGCAGCUCUUGCGUACAAAUGCAUACAGCGCGUGCCAAGAAAGCGGCCCUCGAUGAGGGACACAGUGCAGGUGCUGUCAAGGAUCCUGAAGGCUAGGCACAACAGGAAGCACCAGCUGAGGAAGUUGUUCCUCUCUGCCACACCGGAGGAAGUUUCCAUCGACAUCGAGCUGCCUGAAGUCAAGACGCCGACAUCUGAACGCCAACACCGGAGGGAGGAGUCCAUGGACAGUAUUGACACUUUGUGAAAGUUCAGAUGAUGCAUUCUCAUUGCAUGCUUGGUCUAUUCUUCUUGGUUCUUUUUGAUUGUUUUGAUUUGUACAUGAGUUUGGCUUGGUUGUUAGUAUGCAAAGCAGAGGGAGAAGACAUGAUCACAAGGUUAGAAGUUUUGGGUCUCCUAUGUAUUUGAUGGAUAGGGUUUUCUUGUAACAUAUACUAGAGUGUGAUGUGUGGAUAUUUUUUUUUAAUCACUACAAAAUUAUCUUUUGUCAAAAAAAUUGUUAUUGGAUAAUUUCUCAACCAAGCACAAAUGACUAGCUAAGUCAAUGAUUUUUCUGAUUUGCUAAUAUACAUAAUAAUACAUAUGCCUUAAGUAAAAAAAAAAAAA